UGGUGAGGAGCGCCGGCUUCGCGAGCAGCGCUGGCCACUGCGGACUUCCGAGGCACUCCGGGCCGUGAAAACCUCUGCGCCGCGGCCAAUCUCAGGCCUCCAAGGCCGGCCACAGUUCUCCAAGCUGGGCUGGAAGGAGUGUCCAGCGCGGUAUCGCCAGUUCUCCUCGUUCGGAGAGAUACCCCGGGGAUCUCGAGCUUCCCCGGCGACCCCUAGUCCGGGCCUCCUUUGCGCGCCCGCCUCAGACCCCCACGGGUGCCCGGGGCGCUGACGAGCCGCGGCCGGGUCCUGGCGCACACCAUGAUCGUAGCCGACUCCGAGUGCCAUGGGGAGAUCAAGGGCUACCUGCCGUUCACCAGGGGCGGUGUGGCCGGCCCCGGGACCCGAGAGGAGCAUCGGGAGGGCCAGGCGCGGCGAGGCCCUCGAGGACCCAGCGCCUUCAUCCCAGUGGAGGAGAUCCUUCGGGAAGGAGCUGAGAGCCUGGAGCAGCACCUGGGGCUCGAGGCUCUGAUGUCUUCAGGGCGGGUGGACAACCUGGCGGUGGUGAUGGGCCUACACCCCGACUACCUUAGCAGCUUCUGGCGCCUCCACUACCUGCUGCUGCACACGGAUGGGCCCCUGGCCAGCUCCUGGCGCCACUACAUUGCCAUCAUGGCUGCUGCCCGCCACCAGUGUUCUUACCUGGUGGGUUCCCACAUGACCGAGUUCCUGCAGACCGGCGGUGACCCCGAGUGGCUGCUGGGCCUCCAUCGCGCCCCUGAAAAGCUCCGCAAGCUCAGCGAGAUCAACAAAUUACUGGCACAUCGGCCAUGGCUUAUCACCAAGGAGCAUAUUCAGGCCUUGCUGAAGACUGGAGAGCACAGCUGGUCCCUGGCUGAGCUCAUCCAAGCGCUGGUCCUGCUCACCCACUGCCACUGUCUGGCCUCCUUUGUGUUUGGCUGUGGGAUACUUCCUGAGGGAGACGCUGAGGGCAGCCCUGCCUCACAGGCACCUUCGCCACCCAGUGAGCAAGGCGGCCCCCCAAGCAGAGACCCAUUGAACAACUCGGGGGGCUUUGAAGCCGCCCGUGACAUAGAAGCUCUGAUGGAACGCAUGAGGCAGCUUCAGGAGAGCCUCCUGCGGGAUGAGGGGGCUUCCCAGGAGGAAAUGGAGAACCGUUUUGAGCUGGAGAAGACGGAAAGCCUGCUGGUGACCCCCUCAGCGGAUAUUCUGGAGCCCUCUCCACACCCAGACAUCCUAUGCUUUGUAGAGGACCCCACGUUUGGAUAUGAAGACUUCACUCGUCGAGGGACUCAGGCCCCCCCAACCUUUCGUGCCCAGGAUUAUACCUGGGAAGACCAUGGCUACUCGCUGAUCCAGCGGCUCUACCCCGAGGGAGGGCAGCUGCUGGAUGAGAAGUUUCAGGUAGCCUACAGCCUCACCUAUAACACCAUCGCCAUGCACAGUGGCGUAGACACCUCCAUGCUCCGCAGAGCCGUCUGGAACUACAUCCACUGCGUCUUUGGUAUCAGAUAUGAUGACUAUGAUUAUGGAGAGGUAAACCAGCUCCUGGAAAGGAACCUCAAGAUCUAUAUCAAGACGGUUGCCUGCUACCCGGAGAAGACGACCCGCAGAAUGUACAACCUCUUUUGGAGGCACUUCCGCCACUCAGAGAAGGUUCACGUGAACUUGCUGCUCCUCGAAGCCCGCAUGCAAGCAGCUUUGCUCUAUGCCCUCCGCGCCAUCACCCGCUACAUGACCUGAUUACCUGGCACACAGGAAUGGCACCUGGAACAGCUGACCCUGGGCCACUGUCCUCCGUGCAAGGACUUCUGUGUCUGGAGACAGAUCCAGGACCCUUUCCGUCUCAUGUCCAUCCACCAAAUGCCAGGGAUGAGCAUGCGUAUGGCCAUGCACAGCCCCCGAGGCAAGCCACACCUUCCUUUUCCUCACUGGACUGAACAGGAUCGUUGCACUGACUUUGGGGGUCUUGGCUCUGUCCCUAGAGCUGGAAGAUUAGGAAAACCCAAAGGCUCCGCCCCCUUUUCUUUCCUUGCUCCUUAAAGCAGAGGAAGUCUACAGAGCUAAAGUCCGGCUUACGAGCCAGCAGGCUGGACCCCAGGCACAAAUGCUGCCUUCCUGGACUGGGAAGCCCCUGGCUGCCCAUGUGGGAAAAAAGCAGGGACUAACACUCCAGAAAGCUUGCCUUCCCUAGUUCCUCAUUCACAAGUGUCAUCACACACACACACACACACACACACACACACACACCCACCCGCCUUCCACCCAUCAAUGUGAAAGUUGGACUCACAGCUGGCCUGUGUGCCCAGUUCCCCCUAAGCCUGUUCUGUCGGGCAGCCUGUUCCUUGGUUACCUGAAUAUUGGUUCAGUCCUUUUGUCUCCUUUCCCCUUACACCCUUUUCUCCCAUGCCUGGUGGUGUGGGGCCUGGGAGAGCGGCCAAACACAUCCAAAGAACACACUGUCUCUGGAGAGUUGGAGCCCACGGUGGUCUCUCUGCUGUCUGAAGAGUAAGGAAUGGGUGCUGACGAACUCUGCAUUUGGGUCUUGAGGCUGAGGUCUGGUCUCUUGAGGACCUCACCAUGGAACCAGAGUCAAAGCCUAGGAGGGAGUUGACACUGUUCUUCUAGGUUGUAUUGCCACACAGAGGCUGGCGUCCCAUUCUCCUCAUCCCUUGGGUUCUGCCUAGAGUGCUUGCCAAAAAAAAAAAAA